UGGAGAUCGAUGUGUAGCUGUAGGCUUCUAGAGGAGGAAAAAAAAAAAGUGCCAAGAGAAACGCAAUCCAUUUAUAGGAUGUCCAUCCGUAAAAGCAUGAGAAUCAUGAAAAUGAAGAAGAGGCCUCCGUUAAGGAAAGCUUCUGCCAAGUCAAAGAAACCGUCAAUACAGACUCUGGCAGAGUUUGAAGACAUCGCCGUGUAUUUCUCGAGAGAAGAAUGGGUAUAUCUGGAUGAAGAACAGAAGGAGCUCUAUCGACAGGUCAUGAUGGAUAAUUAUCAAACCUUCUCCACCCUUGGAUCUUGUAACAAAAAACCUAAAUUAAUAUCAAGCCUUGAGCAAGGAGCGGACCCGUCAAUAACAGGACAUUUCAAAACCCUUAAUGCCUCCAGCUACCGAACAGAUGAGCUGCAUACAUCCUUGUUUACACCCGAUGGAUUGGCAGUAGAAGGUUUACGUCUGACUGAUACCUUAGAAGAUCUUCAGAUUCCGUUAAAACGGGAAACUCUGGCCACCAAGCGAAGGUACAACUUUCGAGAACGCAUUGGAGUAGAAUACUCCAUAUAUUUUGAAGAUGAAAUAAGAGAACUUAAGAGGAAGAAAGGUUUACGUGUCAAAUCGCGCUUUGGUAAGAUAGAGCCAAUGGUCGACGGGCUGUACUCCUGUAGUGAAUGUGGCAAACAAUAUAAGCAGAAACAGAAUCUGGUCAAACAUCUAAUGUUGCAUACUGGCGUGGCAUGCUAUGUCUGUAUCGAGUGUGAGAAGUGUUUCACACAGAGGUCUCUCUUAAGGAGACAUGAAAGAAUUCACACCUUGAAGAGACCAUUUGCCUGUCCGGACUGUGAGAAGUGCUUCAGUGAUUCUGGUGCUUUGCAGAAGCAUCAGAGACUUCAUUCCGGAUACAAGCCAUACAAAUGUUCUGAAUGUGAUAAAUCUUUCAGUAUCAGUAACUAUCUGAUUAUUCACCAGAGAGUUCACACUGGGGAGAAGCCUUAUGUUUGUGACCAAUGUGGAAAAUGCUUUGCACAAAGUUCUACCCUCAUUACGCACAAGAGAGUACAUACCGGUGUAAAACCUUAUGGUUGUAUCGAAUGCGGAAAAGGCUUUACAACCAGUUCUCACCUUAUAACCCACCAAAGGACGCAUACUGGGGAAAGACCCUAUCAAUGCCUAGAAUGUGGGAGGGCCUUUAGGCACAGCACCCAUCUUGUGUUACAUAAACGGAAACACACUGGGGAGAAGCCAUUCAGCUGUGACAAAUGUCAUCGGAAAUUUUCCCAGAGGCCACUAAUGCACAGACACCAGCAAAGGUAUCAUGUAGAUGAAUGUAUGACAAACUGGACCCGAGUGCUUUAUGGCCCUGACAGUUGCGUUGCGUCUCAGAAAGAUGAUUGGUUCGGGGGAACAGAGCAGGACAGCGAAGGCAUUACAGGAAAGCAGGAGCCGCCGCUCCCGGCUACUGAGCGGAGACGCGUUGUCAUAGUAACAGCCAAUCACCGCUCUCCUCUCUCGCGGCCUUCAGGUAGGGGAGCUGCGGAUUUAUAUCUACGUCACUUCCGGGGUCCACAGUGUGAUGCGGGGGGAGCUCGUGCGGAUCCGCCAGUGAGUAGGGUGCUCCAGUUAAGAAGCAGAAGAAUGAAGAGAUUGAGAAAGAGGAAAAAAUCAAAGAAGACAUUUGUAAAGAUUCCAGUAGAAUUUGAAGAUAUCGCUGUGUAUUUUUCAAGGGAAGAAUGGGGAUGUUUACGAAAAGAACAGAAGGAGCUGUAUGGACAAGUCAUGAUGGAAAACUACCAAACCUUCCGCACGUUAGGAUACCGUAAUAAAAAGCCUAAAUUAAUAAGGUCUCUUGAACACGGAGAAAAGCCAACACUAAAAGGCCCUGGAAGACCCUUCAAAAGACUUGAUGCCUCCAGCUACCGAACAGAUGAGCUGCAUACAUCCUUGUUUACACCCGAUGGAUUGGCAGUAGAAGGUUUACGUCUGACUGAUACCUUAGAAGAUCUUCAGAUUCCGUUAAAACGGGAAACUCUGGCCACCAAGCGAAGGUACAACUUUCGAGAACGCAUUGGAGUAGAAUACUCCAUAUAUUUUGAAGAUGAAAUAAGAGAACUUAAGAGGAAGAAAGGUUUACGUGUCAAAUCGCGCUUUGGUAAGAUAGAGCCAAUGGUCGACGGGCUGUACUCCUGUAGUGAAUGUGGCAAACAAUAUAAGCAGAAACAGAAUCUGGUCAAACAUCUAAUGUUGCAUACUGGCGUGGCAUGCUAUGUCUGUAUCGAGUGUGAGAAGUGUUUCACACAAAGGUCUCUCUUAAGGAGACAUGAAAGAAUUCACACCUUGAAGAGACCAUUUGCCUGUCCGGACUGUGAGAAGUGCUUCAGUGAUUCUGGUGCUUUGCAGAAGCAUCAGAGACUUCAUUCCGGAUACAAGCCAUACAAAUGUUCUGAAUGUGAUAAAUCUUUCAGUAUCAGUAACUAUCUGAUUAUUCACCAGAGAGUUCACACUGGGGAGAAGCCUUAUGUUUGUGACCAAUGUGGAAAAUGCUUUGCACAAUGUUCUCACCUCAAUACGCACAAGAGAGUACAUACCGGUGUAAAACCUUACGGUUGUAUCGAAUGCGGAAAAAGCUUUACAACCAGUUCUCACCUUAUAACCCACCAAAGGACGCAUACUGGGGAAAGGCCCUAUCAAUGCCUAGAAUGUGGGAGGGCCUUUAGGCACAGCACCCAUCUUGUGUUACAUAAACGGAAACACACUGGGGAGAAGCCAUUCAGCUGUGACAAAUGUCAUCGGAAAUUUUCCCAGAGGCCACUAAUGCACAGACACCAGCAAAGGUAUCAUGUAGAUGAAUGAUAACCCUGUCAUGCCCAAGUACCUCUUGCAUCUUGGUACAUUUUAGGAAAUAGUUUUGUAAAUUUAUGUUCCACUUGUUUUUUGACAUUUGCAUUUGUUUAUGUAAAAGAUUGCAGCAAAUGUUUCCAAAGGGAAGAAAACUUUACUGUAAUAAAAACAACAAAUAAAGAAAAAUC